AAUAAACAAAACAGCUGGGAGGAUAAACACAAUUUUUUUGAUUUAGAAAAUAUUUUGUCGAUUUAAUUUCAAUAAAAUAAAAAUAUGGAUAUUUUAAAGGCUGAAAUUGCCCGAAAACGUAAACUUUUGGAAGACAAACAACUAGUCGAUGACAAAAAGAAGUAUUUCAAGAGAGGAGAACUGAUAGCCAAAAGUACCGAAGAAAUUUUGCAGAAGCAGGGCUACAAAACCCAGGAAAGUAAUGAAUCCGAUCAAAAUACCAACGAUGGUGGCUACAAUUUCACCAAUGAUGGACAAAAUAUAUUACCGAGAGUGGAAGUUAUACGCAGAUUAAGAGAACGCGGAGAACCCAUAUUGCUGUUUGGUGAAACCGAGCCAGAGGCAUUCCAACGUCUGAGACAGUGUGAAAUUUCGCAGCCGGAAGCGAAUAGAGGUUUCCGUAAUGAUUUCCAAGAAGCCAUGGAACAAGUGGAUCAAGCCUAUUUGCAAGAAAUGUUUGCCAAUGCACCAACUUCGAAGGAGGAAAAGAAAAAUGAGUUUGCAGAAAUUGACGAGAGUGUAGACUGGGAGAGCAUCAAAGCCAUGUCCCUGAAAAUGGGGCGCAAUAACAAAGAAUACGAUAUGGAUGUUAUAAUGACUUUAUUGACCUAUAUACUCAAAUUAUGGAGUGAUCAAAUUUCGAAUUUUUCGAAACAAGAGAAAAUGUCCACAAAAGUUAAAAUGGCCCGUGUUAUCUAUACCCAAACUAAAGAAUAUGUUAAGCCACUAUUUCGUAAAUUAAAAAAUAGAUCACUGCCCGAUGAUAUUCUAGAAAGUUUAAGUGAUAUUUGUAAACAUUUGCUUAACAGAAAUUAUAUUCAUGCCAGUGAUGCCUAUUUGGAGAUGGCUAUAGGUAACGCUCCCUGGCCUAUUGGUGUUACUAUGGUUGGUAUUCAUGCCCGUACUGGACGAGAAAAGAUUUUUUCGAAAAAUGUUGCUCAUGUCAUGAACGACGAGACACAACGUAAAUAUAUACAAGGCUUAAAACGUUUGAUGACCAAAUGUCAAGAAUACUUUCCCACGGAUCCCUCAAAAUGUGUUGAAUAUGUUAGUAAAAAAGAUCGUGAAUAAAUAAUAAAUAUUUGAAGAAAUAAUUAAAAAACCUUUGUAGUUGUAUGUAGUUUAAGUUCCAGGUGUAUAAAAAGGCUAUUUUGUUGAUAGCCAUAAGACAAAAUUAU